AUGGACCCACAGUCGAAGUCGAAGACCGCAAAGAGUGCUUAUAAAAACCAUUCAUCACUCGCACUUUUUACUCCAAUCCUCAGUUCUGUUGCCAUUCUCGUUCUCUCUCAAACACGUAUUCUGCAUAAAUUUGAUUUCACAAACAUGGUGAUUCUACCACCUUCAUCCUACUCCACCGCACCGCCCAAAAAACUUCCAUCACCAAACUUGAAAGAGUCAUUGCCAUCCUCCACAACUUCCUCUACCGGACCACCCAAAAAACGUACAUCACCGAACUUUAAAGAUUUCGUGAAAAUAUAUCCAUCUUCACCGUCGUCAUCGCCAUCCUCCACAACUUCCCCUACCGCACCUCUCCUUGGUUGUUCACCACAACUUUCUACGCCUAAAAUGAUCAAAAAACCUUCCAAGAUGCGAAAUUGGCUAAGAAAGAUUCACUGCGGUAUAUAUACCGUAUUGAAGGUGGCCUGGCCUGGAGUAAAGAUUGGAAAAUCUAAGGUAAAAAAUGUAAGUUCUUACAGGUUAUUCAGGCCUUUUUGUGGUGCCUGUCUCGGCAUGCUUAAUCAAAUUGUAGUUAUAAAUCCGGGCAUUUCAAGAGUAGUUGCUGUUCCACCAGCGGAAGGCCAUCCACUUUCUGAAACAACAAUUUCUAGAUUGGCCCCCUCCAGUCUUCUCCAACGCUGCGUGCGUUGCAUCUACCAUAGAAUGAAACAGGCUUUGGUACUCAUAAUACCCAUCUUUGACCACAGUUGA